CCAGCAUCUGUUGAUGGAGUUUCCCCGCUGUCUUCCCCCAUUUGUCGCAAAUAUUUUUGUUUUUUCGAGUGCUUUUUACCUCCUCCCCCGAAGAUAGGUUGCUCCCAUCGUAAUAUUGAAGUAGAUGUAGAUCGAUAGUAGUAUUUGUGAUACCUCCUGAUCGAUAGACUUUUUCUGGUACUAGUUUCCUUUUGAAAAUAUUGAUUCUAGGUCCACAACUCACUCACUCUCCCGUGUAUUUACAUUGCGGCUCUUGUUCUUUUUAUUGCCGCCCAUAGAUAAUCAUCCUCGUCCACCUCAACCUCUCCACCCAGAAGAUCAUUCGUUUUCGUGAAUGACACCUUCAAAAAAAUGGUGUUCCCUUCAUCGUGGUCUUUGGAUCCAAGAGGCGGGUCUCUAUCCUUCCUUUUGCAUGCGUGCUCUCUAUCCUUCUUCGGAGGAUCGGUGCUAAGUGUAGUGAGUGCACCUCCCGUGAUAUCUGCAUCCGCUUCCCGAUCCUCGUCAUCCACCCUGAUCGAAUUGCAACAACAACAGUACCAACAACAUGGUCAUGGGCAUCAGUCGGGUCCGCCUCAGAGUCCAUUGGGUCGAUUUUGGACUCGUAACCCCGAAGAUUAUUGGGGUCCGAUGUGCGUUAGAUCUGUCCCUGUCAAUUAAGGGUUUGCGAAUUACAUCCCUCACAACUACCAUUCUUGGCCCCUUUUCAAGUGGAAAAUACGCCAAGGAUGUUCCGAGGAAUGCAAUUCGGUAACCUUUAAGUAAACCACAGAAUGGAGAAGUGGCAAUUGCACGAAUUACUCGGCGAAGAUGCUGCAGUGGUGCGAAAAAAGGUGAGGCAAGUCCAAGGGGAGAUACGCAUUCAAUUAACCACGGAUGCAGCAAAGGGGAAACAGAACGUUGAGAAUUAUCUGAAGAACUACCUGAAUUUAGGCGGUCCUCCGACUGCAGGAGGUGCGCCCUCUCUAACGCCAAGAAGUAGUGCUUCUGGUGCUGGCGGAAAGGCUGUUGCCCAGCCGAAAGCGAAUGCGGCAUCUUCCUCAUUUGUUUCCGUCGACGUCGACGCUUCAGGGACUUUAUCCAAUUUACAGUUCCUCGAUAUGGAUGGUAAUGAUGAACCUACAGCUACAGCUGCUGGACGACCUCGUUUGGAAUUGGUGGACGAUGAAAUCGACGUGCGAAUGUCAGCUUCCUUCCUUUCCGAAAAGCAGGGUUCUUCUUUUAAUACACCUCCGACGAUCUCGACUUCUAGUUCAUUCGCCCAACAACAACAACAAAAUACUGCUAAUGCUGCUCCUGGUUCUCCACUUGUUUCGCAACCUACUGCUCAAUCACGACCUGAUGGGGGAGAAGGACGUGAAGUGGUCGGGUAUUUCUAUGCCUUGUAUCCGGAUCCAGGACACCUAGUGAAGUCGGAUGUGUAUGGCAGUCUGUAUCCUGACGGGUGCUUGAAGGUGCCGAUCAAAACUUACGGAGAUUUAGAAAAAGCUAUGCGGGAUCAAAAGGUAGAUUGUCUUUAUUUUCAACUUUGGCUAACUAUGACCUCCACAACUUAUCAAUAAGUUUGAUCUUGAUGUAGAUGUUUCGUUUUCGUAUUUGAAUAUCACUUGUCUCGUCUUCAUCUUGCGUCUUUUUGUCUUGAACAUCAACUUCCUAGUGGAUCAUGCGUUAAGAAUCUCUUCAACAUUAAAUCAUGAGUCCCUCGUUCUUCACCUUGUUGUUUUUGACAUCACAAUCACUUAGCAGGGUGGAUUCCUUCCCGGUGGCUUCUAUGGACGAGGUUAAUUCAUGGUCAUCCUCUACCUGUACCUGUAAUUACUGUUUCUUCAUCACAAUCACUCAGGGUGGUUUCUUACCCGGUGGGUCCUACGGCUGGGGAAUGGCGACUGAUCCGCCAGACAGUAUCCCUAUCAAAAAUGCUUACUGGUUAAGCAGAGGCAGUCGUGUUGUGAAGUCUGGCGCGAGUGCGAACCUUGCUGUAAUGGUUCACCGCGAUAUGGAAAUCGGAUCGAGUGGAGUUGCCAAUGGGCUCAGAGCACGACUAGUGAACUUGAAAACGGAUGCUUACAGCGAGGAAAGCGUCGUGUGCUUCAUCUUAAACAUUAUCCUGAUCACCGGUAUUGUGGUCUGCAUGCUAGUGCUGCUGGCGACGGUCUUCUGCCUGGGUCACAGAAGCGAGGAGGAAUCGCCAUCCGAUGACGAACUUUUCGACGAUAAAGAGGAGUGAAGUAGUUCGACGAUGAAGAGGAGUGAAGUAGAUCUUAAAAAGUAUAAGAUCUUGUCUUGGUGAUGGUGGAUCUUGAAACUGGAGGAAGGGAAGAGGAUUUCAGCUGGUGUGCUGAAUGGGUUGUAACAACUAUGUGCAGUUUUACUAGAUUGACUUUCUUCACUAGCUCACCUAGAAGGAGACUCGAAUUUGAUGUAAAUUUCUUUUGUAGGGAGGCACGAAGAUACUUGUUCUACAUUUUCACUACAGGUCGGAGUCGGAUGAAAUUAGGCAACAGUGUGUGCAAGUUGUACUGAGUACUAUUUUUUUAAGAUGAUAUGUAAAUUGUAAAUAAAGUGUAGGUGUAAUUAUACAACACAAAUAAUUUAUGAUCGAAACAAGUGACAACUGAUGCAAGCACGACGAAUGAGACGAUCAAAAUCGAAUCCUUGCAUGCAUCAAAUGAUUGCAUGAGUAUAAUGAAAAUAGGGGGACGAAAUGCAUGAAUUCAAAUCGAAGAUGAUACCCGCACAUCAUCAACUUGCGAACGAUGACAGACGCUAAACAUGCGGACCUCCCACGCACAUUCUCUGAGACCGGGAGCUGCAGUUAUGGACAAGAUGAAAAUACAAAUACUGCAUUCUUUGUGGAA